CUUGUUGAAAUCUUCAGACUCAGCACUGUGGGGCAUGUUGCAGCAGUUUUGAUUCUGAUCGAAUGCUUUCCUGCAUCUCUCGCAUGGUUUUGAUGAUACUGGGCCAGUCGGCAGCAUUCUAGUACUGGUUGGAAAACAUGGGAUCUGGUAGUUCUGUAAAUGCCAACUACAAGUACUCUCUGCAGAAGUCUGAAAAUGCUUUCAAGGCAGCUGUUUUGAUCCAAAGGUGGUAUCGGCGCUACGUUGCUCGGCUGGAAAUGCGCCGACGUUGCACAUGGAGAAUCUUUCAAUCCAUUGAGUAUGCCUGUGAGCAGGAUCAGAUCAAGCUUCACAACUUCUUCAGCUACCUCAUGGACCACUUCACGCCAAGCAGCAGUAAAGAGAGGGAUUUUAUCAGUCGCAUGUUCAUAAGUGGGGAAAGCUUCAAAGAGGCAGAGCUGGAAAAGUACUGCGACUACGAAUCCAUGGAGGUGCCAGACUCCUACACUGGACCCCAUCUCUCUUUCCCCCUCCUUCCUGACCAUGCGACUGCCUUGCUGGAAGCUUUCAAACAGAAACAACAGCUCCACGCUCGCUAUGUCUUAAACCUUCUGCAUGAGACCAGGAAGCACCUCAAGCAGUUGCCAAACAUCAGUCAUGUCUCCACCUGCUAUAGCGAGGAGGUCACCGUGUGCGGAGAUUUGCAUGGCCAGCUGGAUGACUUGUUCCUCAUAUUUUAUAAGAAUGGCCUUCCUUCCCCUUCCAAGUCCUACGUGUUCAACGGAGACUUUGUAGACAGAGGCAAACAGUCCCUUGAGAUCCUUAUCAUCCUCUUUACCUUCCUCUUGAUCUAUCCAAAAGAGGUUCAUCUUAACCGUGGGAACCAUGAAGAUCACAUGGUCAACUUACGGUAUGGGUUCUGUGUGGGGCUGAUCACGGUAUCAAUGGUGUCGCUGCAAAGUCUCACUGAACUUCCUUUCUUCUGUCCCUACAGGUAUGGUUUUGCCAAGGAAGUCAUGCAGAAAUACAAGGUGCAUGGGAAGAAAAUCUUGAAGAUGAUUCAGAAUGUCUUCUGCUGGCUACCCCUGGCCACCCUGAUUGAUCAGAAAGUCCUCAUUAUACAUGGAGGCGUCUCUGAUACCACUGACCUGGACAUGCUGGAGAAAAUUCAAAGGAACAAAUUUAUUUCUGUCUUGAGAGGGAAGAAAAGGAAGGAGUCAAACAGAAACGUGGAAAUACAGGAGGUAAACGGGGAGAGCAAUGCAGAGGUUGACCCUACAGGGAAUGAAGCAACGCCCAGUUUACCCUCACAGCCCCGACCAGCGCAGGCUCCCAGCAUGGCCAACAGGCUGGAGUUCUCCAGGUGGGUCCGGCAGACGGUGCAGGAGCAAAUCGAGUGGUGCCGCCGGCUGGUGGACAUCAGUGAGUCGGAGGAUGAGGAGCUCACCUACUCCAGCAUGGUCUCCUUAGCGGAUUUGGAUGGGCCGUGCUGGACUCGCCAGGAAGAGUGGAAGCAGAUUUUGGACAUUCUCUGGAGUGACCCCAUGCCUCAGGAGGGCUGCAGAGAAAAUACGGUGCGAGGUGGUGGCUGCUACUUUGGGCCUGAUGUGACAGGGAAGAUCCUUGAGAAGUACAACUUGCAGUUCCUUAUCCGCUCCCAUGAGUGCAAGCAAGAGGGCUAUGAGUUCUGUCACAACCGCAAGGUACUGACCAUAUUUUCAGCCUCAAACUACUAUGAGAUUGGCAGCAACAGGGGAGCCUACGUGAAGCUGGGGCCAGACCUGGUCCCCCAUUUUGUUCAGUACCAAGCCAACAAGACAGCCCACACUCUCACCAUGACCCAAAGAAUCAGCAGAGUAGAAGAGUCAGCCUUUCGAGCCUUGCGGGAGAAGCUGUUUGCUCACACCUCCGCUCUCAUCAGCGCAUUCAAGGCAUACGAUAAGGACGAUACAGGAAGGAUCACGCUGAGUAACUGGGCAACGGCGGUGGAGUCAGUCUUGCACCUGGGACUGCCGUGGCGAAUGUUGAGACCGCAGCUGGUGCGCACCACAGCGGAUGGCAUGCUGGAGUACAAGUCCUGGCUUGAUGAUUUAGCCAUGGAGCAGCGGAGCCAAGAGCACAUCCAGUCGAGCUUGUUGGAAGUCAUUUAUCGGAACAGAUCCAACUUGGAGACCAUAUUCAGGAUCAUUGACAGAGAUCAUUCAGGUCUCAUCUCAUUUGAGGAAUUCCACCAAACCUGGAAACUGUUCAGCUCCCACAUGAACAUUGAACUCACAGAUGACGGCAUCAAUGACUUAGUUCGCAGCAUUGACUUCAAUAAAGAUGGAAACAUCGACUUCAAUGAGUUCCUCGAAGCCUUCCGCCUUGUCAAACAGACACAGUAGUGAGAACCCAGAGGGGAUUGCCACGUCCAAUGCCUUGUCUGCAAAGUCAGGACUCCUUCCUACCUAACUGCAGAGCAUGCUUGCAGCUGCAUAACAGGAAAAGGGAAAGCAGGGACCUGUAUCACUACUACAAAAGCUGAAAAUAGGGACCACCCCAGCCAACAGCUGUGCUCUGUUUUGGGAAGGUAACAGUACAGUAAACCACACUUCAGUUAUGACCACGUUUAUAGAAGAGCUCUGUUCCAACCAGAAAUCCUAGCUCCAAGGGAGCUACAACUUAAUUUCUCUUGUCAAGGCAUGUGAUGAAAUCUUAAAGAUCUAUUCCAGUUUAGUAAAAUGGAAUUAAAAGUAUUUAUUGGGAGCAGUGUUUUAACCAAAUAGCAACUGCUACUGCAGUCUUCCUUUUAUGAAACAUUUCUUCUCAGUUGGCUGGUUCAGGGCCUUCUCAGCUGUGCUAGCGCCACUGCUAUUUCUGUGAUGAUACCUCUCUUCUCUGUUGUUCCUUUGCUUCAGUAAGUUUUCAGCUACUACGUACGUUCAGCUGAGCAACACUUUGAAAAAUAAACUAUCUCAAGCAUGCAAAA